CGACAAGGACAAUGACACAGACAUUUUAUAAUCGGCGAUACAGUGUAGGGGAAAAAACGAUUCGUAAGAUUUCUCUAAAAGAUUGUCUGUUUCAACAGUUUGAACAGUUUAAGCGCCGUUGCCCACACUCAGCGGUAGGUAGCAACAGCAGCGACGUCCUGGCGAAAGAACGCUCCUCCUAUGCGUAAUGACGUAAAAUAAAGAUGGUGGCCUCUUCGGUGUGGUCUGAAGUCGUUUUGAAUUAGCUAAAGCUAAGGAUUGUACAAAUACAUAUUUGUCGAAUUAACGGUGGCUUCAUUGCCUUCUUAAAACAGGGCUUCUGGGACGUGUAGUUCUGAGCAUCUAGUGGCUUGUCAGUCACCUUCCCUCCCACUCCCACCCUGCCUAGAGCUUUCAGCCUUCACCAGAUGAAGGAGAACAAGGAGAACUCGACCCCCCACAGUCUUUCCACAGCCCUGGACCACAUCAAGCCCUGCUGGUACUGGGACAAGAAGGAUCUGGCACACACGCCAUCCCAGUCGGAAGGUCUAGACCCUGCCACAGAGGCGCGGUACAGGCGGGAGGGGGCCAGGUUCAUAUUCGAUGUGGGCACACGCCUGGGACUGCACUAUGACACCCUGGCAACAGGAAUCAUCUACUUCCAUCGUUUCUAUAUGUUCCAUUCUUUUAAGCAGUUCCCCAGAUAUGUGACGGGGGCAUGCUGCCUGUUCCUGGCGGGGAAGGUGGAGGAGACCCCGAAGAAGUGUAAGGACAUCAUCAAGACUGCACGCAGCCUGCUGAACGAUGUCCAGUUCGCCCAGUUUGGAGACGACCCGAAGGAGGAAGUGAUGGUGUUGGAGAGGAUCUUAUUGCAGACAAUUAAGUUUGACCUUCAAGUCGAGCAUCCGUACCAGUUCCUGCUGCGCUAUGCCAAACAGUUGAAAGGUGACAAAAAUAAAGUGCAGAAGCUGGUUCAGAUGGCUUGGACCUUCGUGAAUGACAGCCUGUGCACCAUGCUGUCCCUGCAGUGGGAGCCCGAGAUCAUCGCCGUGGCCGUCAUGUACCUGGCGGGCCGCCUCUGCAAGUUUGACAUUCAGGAGUGGACGUCCAAGCAGUCGUCCCGCCGCUGGUGGGAGCAGUUUGUCCAGGACGUCCCGGUAGAGCUGCUGGAAGACAUCUGCCACCAGAUCCUGGACCUGUACUCUCAGGGCAAGCAGCCCAUCCCCCAGCAGCCCCCACUACAGGAGAAGGAGAAGGCCCCGCCCACAGCCCUGCCACCUCAACAGCCUCCGAACACCCCGGCCCCGCCCCCACCGAGGAAGACCUCCCCCCAGGCCAGCUCUCCCCGGCAGCUCAAACGGCCACACGUCACGUCCCCAAAAGAAGAACCGAAGGCUCCAGAGCAAGUAGGCUCCAAAAUCCCCCGCUUGGAGACGCCCAUGCCCCCCCUCCCCACUGUACAACCUCCAGCUGACCGCAAGCCGCCGCCCACCACGUCUGCCCCGCCCGCGGAGGCGGAGCCAGCGCCCGCCGCAUCGGGAGACUCGGCGGAGGCCGCCAUGGGACCAGCGCCGCCCCCUCCCCACGCGGCCCCCGUUCACCAGCCCCCGCCCCUCCCGCACCGCCCUCCGCCCCCGCCCCCCUCCAGCUACGUCCACCUGGGCGGCAUGUCCACGUCCAGCUCCUACAUGUCGGGCGAGGGCUUCCAGAGCCUGCAGUCCAUGAUGAAGACGGACGGCUCCUCCUACAGCUCCAUGCCCCCGUCCUACAGCUCCCUGCCCCCCAUGCAGUACCACCCGCACGUCUACCCGCCCAGCGCCCCGCCGCCCGGCCCGCCCCCGCCCCCUUCCACCUACCCCCCGCCCAACCUCCCGCCCCCCUCGCCCGCCUACCCGCCCCCGGGCUACAACCACAGCUUCCCCCCGCCUCGCAUGGCCCCCGGCAUGGCCCUCCCCCAGCCCAGCUACCCGCCCCCGCCUGGGCCGCCCGUAGGGCAGGCUCAGGUCCCCCUGCCGCCCCCCGGCAUGCCCCCCGUGAGCAGCAUGAACCGAGGGGGCUGGAUGAGGUGAAAGAGGGGGGCGGAGCUUGGCUAGACCUGUUGCCUUCCGGAGACGGACUGGCACAUAUCACCGAAACUACCCCGCCCUCUGGUUACUCGCAGGGUAAGCUCGGCCGUCUCCUCCCAUCACAGCUGCUCUCUCCUGAAGCUCAUUUGCUGGGAAAAGUGGCCCCGCCUCCCGCAUAAUUAACAUCCACAAACAGGACAGGAGUGAGGCUGGAGAGCGUCUCUUUCAUCAGGGAAGUGCCAUUUUGACUCUACCUACAAUGAGUAUUGUUAACCUGAAAACCGGUCCUUUUAAAGGUAAUUCUCUACACUGUAUUUUAAUUUCUUUUCACCCACUAUUUUUAAACCUCUUUUUUCUGUUGCAGCGCACAUUGAAACAUGGUAAUCUGUGUUACUAGUGACAAGUGGCUGCAGACAUUUUUGGAUAAAUCUGUGUUUUAGCAUUUCCGAUGUGACUGUAAAUUGAAAAGGCAAUGUUUGUAAAUAUAAAACCCUUGAAAUGGGAAAAUACACAUUUUGUAAUCCUCCUCUGUGCCUUAGCUAGUUUUUUUUUUUCCUUUAACAGGUAAAUUAGGAAAUGCUUGAGCUGUUCAUGUCAUUUUUAGUCAUUCUUUGCAAACUGCUUUUAAUGUCUGUAAGCAUAGUACAAUUGGACAUUAAACCACUUUUCUGUU